GGGAGAACUGUGAUUGCAUCCAUCCACCAGCCGAGCAGUGAAGUGUUUGAGCUCUUUGAUCGACUUUACCUUCUCUCUGGUGGCAAAACAGUGUAUUUCGGCCAGGCUUCAGAUGCCUACGAGUUCUUUGCGCAAGCCGGAUUCCCCUGCCCUGCUUUGAGAAACCCAUCUGAUCAUUUCCUCCAAUGCGUCAAUGCCGACUUCGACAAAGUGAAGGCCACUCUCAAAGGAUCCAUGAAACUGCGGUUCGAUGCAUCGGAGGAUCCUCUGGAUAAGAUCACCACAACUGAAGCAAUCCGUACUUUGGUUGAUUACUACCGAACUUCUCAGUAUUGUUAUGCUGCAAGGCAGAAGGUGGAUGAGAUCUCCAAAGUCAAAGGGACGGUGCUUGAUGCAGGAGGGAGCCAGGCUAAUUUCCCGAUGUAGGCUUUCACUCUGACCAAGCGCUCCUUCGUCAACA